AUGGAUCAGUGACAGACCGUUACCCUACGUCACUAUAGCCGACCAAUAGGAGCCCUAGAGCUCAGCGUGUGACGUCACCAUGGAGCGGACUCAGCGGAGCGUCUAAAUGUCAUCGGGUUUAUCCUCAUAAGGUCUCUGGGUAUCUUUAAGGGGUUAUAUUUUGCAAUUUUUCUAGUCCUUCCAAAUAUUGUUAAUGUGAUGAUGAAUACAUCCGAGUGAACAGUACAAAUUACUGGAUCUGAAAAGCCUAUAUGGUGAUUGCCUUGACAUGAAAGCAUCGAUAAGGAGCCCUGUGGUUAUCAUAAUGAUGAAUAUUCCUCAAACCAAGGGGCGUUGCACCGACCCUGUGGGGACAUGACCAUCGACCUCUUGGCCUUGUGAGAGGCAUCUCAAGGAGACUCCACCAUGAAGGGCCUCGGCUCCCCCGGAGCCUUUUGCACGGGGAUCCUGGUGGGGUGUUGCAGCAUGUACCUCGUUCUGCGCCAGGUGUGGUUUGAGAGGAGCUACCCCGCGCUGUCGGAGGCGCAGGAAGCGGCUGCUUCAGCUUCAGGAGCAGGCGUAGGUGUGACGCCAGCUGAUGAUGAUAUGACACACUGGAAGAAGGAUGGCGACGCUCUGAUCAACUUGCUCCACCCUCACCACGCAGGCGAGGACCACCUUGUAGCUGAUAUGCUCUUCCAGAAGGUGCGCGUCCUCUGCUGGGUGAUGACAGGACCUUACAACCUGCGCUCCAGGACGCGCCACGUGAAGGAGACCUGGGCGCGCCACUGCAACGCCGUGGUGUUCAUGAGCUCCACGGCCGACCCCCGCUUCCCCACGGUUGGCCUGGGUACCAAGGAGGGCCGCGACCAGCUGUACCGGAAGACCAUCCGCGCCUUCCACUACGUCCAUGAGCACCACUCCCAUCAGGCCGACUGGUUCCUCAAGGCGGACGACGACACGUUUGUUGUGGUGGACAAUCUGCGCUGGGUCCUGGCCAAUCACACGCCGGAAGAGCCCGUCUACUUCGGCAAGCGCUUCAGGCCCUACGCCAAGCAGGGCUACAUGAGCGGCGGGGCGGGGUACGUGCUGAGCAAAGAGGCCCUCAGGAGGUUUGUAGAGGGCUUCCGGACCAGCGUGUGCACACACACCACCCCGGUGGAGGAUCUGGCCCUGGGCCAGUGUCUGGAGAAGAUGGGCGUGUUGGCCGGAGACUCCAGGGACACGCUGCACCGGGAGACCUUCCACCCGUUUGUCCCUGAGCACCACCUGACGGGCAAGUUCUCCAAGAGCUUCUGGUACUGGAACUACUGCUACUACCCCAUCGUGGAGGGGCCGCGGUGCUGCUCGGACCUGGCUAUAUCGUUCCACUAUGUGGAUGCAGAGCUGAUGUACACCCUGGAGUUCUACACCUACCACCUGCGAGCCUACGGCUACAGACCCCGCUACCAGCCCCCUGGGCCCCGGGGCCUGGUCCGUGGAGCACCUCCCCCAACAGGGACCCCCCCGCUCAGACUGAAUGGCACGGAGAAGGAUCAGGGAAAGAAGAACAACAGCAGGUCAAUGAGCCACACGACUUCAGACUUCACCGGCGACGGGAGUCCUGGUAAAACAGAGGCAAUCUCAGACCGAGUGGGGACGGUUCAGAAUCACUGAGUUAGCGCUGCUGGUGCGCAAUACACAAGCCGAAAGACGCACUUCAGAAUCACUUCUCUCCUGGCGACGCAGCGCGGAUGAAGGCACACCAGGAACUUUGAUCGACUGCAAAUGGACAUUGAAGAACUUUUGACCGAAAUUGAUUUAGCUAAAUGCAAUUGUGAUAUUCCAUGCAAUGAGGUGUGAAUCAACAGUUUGGGGUCUAUAGUGAACAAGACUAUCAGUCAACAAAACGUUCUCUUUUUUUGUUUCCCCACAGCCGCUGACAGUUUUCAUGAAGACAGGGUUUGACGGUGAUGUCCUGGAUAUAUCAGGAUGGAGACAUUCCUGUGUGUGUGUGUGUGUGUGUGUGUGUGUGUGUGUGUGUGUGUGUGUGUGUGUGUCAACUCUAACUAUCCUAAACAAAAAAUACGUUAACUCCUCUCUUGAUGGACAUCAAUUUUAACGAUCAUGUAAACAUUUAUCUUGAUGCCUUAUGGAUAUACAGUUUUUAUAAUUGUCAGAAACCUUUUACCCACACCCAAUUUAUUUUUUUAUUGCAUAUUUUUGUGUUUGAUGCUUAAGUACAAAAGGUUUUAGGUAGAAUUAUUACCAGGUCAUAACACCUUAUCUGUUGAAAACAUUGCGAACAAUUUCACAGGAAGGAUUUAGCUUGUGUUCCAUAAUGUGAGCCUCUGAUGAAGAAAGCAAUCUCAUCAAUGAAUAUCGAGUUAUAUCUAUUUAACAUAUUUGGGUAGAAGAAAAUGUGACGCGUUAAUAACCACGACGACUUCCAUCUGACCCGAGCUAACAACCUUUGUUGUAAUAAUGUUUUGGCGUAUAUACAUAUGAUAUAUCAUGAAUUGCUCUUAAGUCCUUCCAAGAUUUUUUUGUAGAUAAAUGCUUUGUCAGCAAUUUCAGUAGUGUUAGUAAAGUGAGUCGACACGAUUGCAUUAUCAAUAAUCAAACAAAAUAUCAUAUUCCAUUAUUUACAAAAUGGUUUAUUUUAAUUGCAUGGAAUAAGAUAAAUUAAUUAAUUCGAUUCAUGUUUCAAUUCUAAACAACGCUUGUGGUUCAGAUCAUUCAUAUAGGCUACAAACAUGUAACACAACAGCAGCCAUAAACAAUCCGGAGGGUUGUAUUGUAAAAUAUCCCGUGCCAGGUUCAGAGACAUUUGCAUUUCGUAUGCUCGGUAAUGAGGUGUCAUCUUAGCCAGAUGAGAUGUACUCUGAAAGGCAGGAUCAAAAUCCACGCCGAAACCUGGAAACAAUGACCACCAAUUAAACAUAUUUUGAUUAUAAUUUAGGCCUUUGGAACAGAUGAUACAAUUCUAGUUCAAGACGAGCAGACAUCUCUGUAACGUUAGCCUAGAGGAAGUAAGAAAUUUAAUAAUAUGGCAUUUAUUCUUUAAUGACAACACAUAUGCCUACCGGAGUCUACACUUAUUCAGGAAGACUCCCCUUCUCUCCGGGUCCGUUUUCUUCCAUGGACCAUCAUCUGCGGGAGCGAUAAACACACCUUCAC